AUGGCUUGGUGUGACCGGGGCAUCCAGGUAGUGCUGACCACGCUGGGCGCGUUCGCCGCCUUCAGCCUGAUGACUGUGGCCAUCGGCACGGACUACUGGCUCUACUCGCGCGCGCACAUCUGCAACAGCACCAACAGCAGCACUGACGAGGCGGACAACCUGCUGCAGCCCAAGAAGACCAAAGGAGACCUCACUCACUCCGGCCUGUGGAGGAUCUGCUGCAUCGAAGGGAUCAACAAAGGAAGCUGUUACCGGAUCAAUCACUUCCCUGAGGAUAAUGACUAUGACACGGACAGCUCGGAGUACAUCCUGCGGAUUGUGCGAGCCUCCAGCCUUUUUCCCAUCCUAAGCACCAUCCUGCUGCUGCUGGGGGGGCUGUGUGUGGGGGUGGGACGAGUCUACAGCAGCAGAAACAACAUCCUCCUGAGCGCUGGCAUCCUCUUCGUAGCUGCAGGUCUCAGCAACAUCAUUGGCAUCAUUGUGUACAUUUCCAGCAAUGCCGGUGACCCCAGUGACAAAAAGGGUGAAGACAAGAAAAACCAGUACAGCUACGGCUGGUCCUUCUACUCCGGAGCUUUGUCCUUCAUUGUAGCUGAAGCCAUCGGCGUCCUGUCCGUCAACAUCUACAUUGAGAAGAACAAAGAGGUCCACUUUAAGCGCCGCGAGUUCCUCAAAGGCGCGCCGUCUUCGUCCUCUUCACCCUACACACGCAUCCCCAGCUACAGGUACCGCCGGCGGCGCUCCCGCUCUAGCUCCCAUUCCACCGAACCGUCCCGGGACGCCUCACCUGUGGGCCGCAAGAUGGCCGCUGCCACCUCACUGCCUCUGGGUGAAAUCUCCAUGUACACGCUGGGAAGGGAGCACCCUUUGAGGCAGGCAGGGGCCCUGGGCCCUUACAGCCCUGACCGAGAGCCACCCAGCUUCCUGCAAGUCCACAACUGCUUCCCCAAAGACACAAAAGAUGGCGGAAACCGCAGGACCACACCAGUGUGAAUGCACGGUGGCUGUUUACAAGAUGACCACCAGUCAAGGUGGCGCUUGGAAGAUUUGGAAAAGAGCGUGGUUUCGGUUUGGUGCAGUUAACAGUGGACAAGUCAUAGCAAAUUUGACAUGAAGUUUGAGAUUUGUAGCAAGAAAAAAGAGAUGUUUGCUCAAUAUUGUAGCAUUUCCAGAGCCAUAUUUGGCUUCAUGGAGCUCCAUACUGUAUAUUUGAAUGCACAGUGACCAAGUCCAAGUAGCAAUACAUCUAUGAUGCACUGAACACUGAAAAUAUUAAGCCUUUGCCCCAGUAUUGAUGAAAUACAGUUUUUUCUCAACUUUUCUUUGUACAAAUGAUGUACAGUGCCAGUAUGUUUGACUUUGAGACAGUAAAGCAAAGGAAAAAGUCUGUAAGGUGCUAAUUUAGUCAAUGCGACAGGAGUUACGAUCCACUGCCCAAGCUAUUAUCAGGUCCCGCCCCUUUUUGAUUUUAUAUCUAGUAACAAAGCCAUUUUGUAUAACUGUGUUUUGAACCACUGCCAUAUUGUUUACUUCUGACGUUUACAUUUCAACAAAUUUGUUGAUGUAUAAAACUGUGAACUGUCCUGUAAAACCUUGGAGUUAAUUUGAAAACUGAAGAAAAAGU